AUGGAGAUUGAUUGGUGUGUCUGUGGUAAAAGAGUCUCUGAUUCCAAUGAAUUUUAUUGCUCGAAUGAAUGUGCAAUCGCCGAGAAUCCUUCAAGCACAAUCAAAUCGCAGUCAAUUAAUCCAAAUUUAACCUCGCCACAAGCCCCCCCGAUGAAUCUGCACUUUUCUAUCACGAUCACUUCUAAUGUUUAUAAGGCUUCGGAUUUUAAUUCCAAGGUGUUGUCUCCUCCCCAGUCGGUAUCUUCCUCUUACACCGACUCAAAUGUGUCAUCAUCAUUUACAAGCAUCAGCACGUUCGAUCAAGAAUUCGACGAUUACGUUUACACUUAUCGAAACCACGGAUGUGCGUGCAAGGAAGAUAUGAUCGAUGACGAGUAUUACACUUCGUAUUACUCCACCAGUAAUCCGAUCGAUAUCCCAAGCCCAAGGACUCAAGCUGCGAAUGAUCACGCAUUGGAACCCAUCAACAAAGGAACCUUUGGCGAGAAGAAAAGCUUUUUCUAA